AUGUGGUGGAGGCAGAAUGUGCCAUCAUCGAUAGGGCUCAAUGCCUUUAAGUUUGUUCACAUUCGAACUGUCUUCGCCGUGCUCGAGUUCCUGUGGACGUUUUCCCUCUACAUCAAUCCUGUCAUGACAUCCAUAGAACUUAAGGACCUGGCCCCGCUAUUACUCAAGAAGGAGCGCGCCAAUGGUGACAUCAACCCAUCGGUGCUCACUAAUGUAUUACGGGGUGGGAAAGUCGCCAGUGGCCGACGUCGAGAACUUGUGAAGAUGGUUGAGCAACAUCCAGUGCUUUCAGAUCGCGGUAUGGUGUACCGCAAUCAUACGGAGCGGUACAGCUUUGGAUUGAAGAAGGCGUACUAUAUGGUCAAGCUAUUCCAACAGGGCGACUACACGGACAUGGAAGAGACGGUGUUGCUGAAUGCGUUAGGGGAACAAGUGCCGUUGGACUUGCAUCGCAACAUGUUCAUUCCGACCAUCGAGACCCAAGGAACCGACGAGCAACGUGCCAAGUGGCUGCCACUGGCCAAGAAAUACCGGAUCAUUGGUACUUAUGCGCAGACGGAACUGGGCCACGGAUCGAAUGUGCAAGGGAUCGAGACUGUUGCUACAUUUGAUUCAAGCACCCGAGAGUUUGUCAUUGAUUCGCCGACAUUGACUAGUCGAAAGUGGUGGCCAGGCGGGCUGGGCAAGACGGCGACGCAUGCUAUUGUGAUCGCGCGACUCGUCUUAGGCAAACAAGACGUGGGUCUGCAGUCGUUCAUUGUGCAAAUUCGCUCGUUAGUAGAUCACACACUGAUGCCUGGUAUAAAGGUUCGCGACAUUGGACCGAAAAUUGGCUUCAAUGCCAUUGACAACGGCGAAUGCACCUUCGACAAGGUCCGCAUUCCACGUGAAAACAUGAUGAUGCGAUAUGCUCAGGUGCUCAAGAACGGUUCCUUUGUCAAGCCUCGAAACGACAAACUUGUGUACCUAACAAUGGUACAAGUGCGUGCAAAUUUGAUCAAGACACUCGGAGAGCGCCUCGCUGCAGCAUCAACAAUCGCCACUCGUUUCAGUGCUGCUCGAGUUCAAGGACAUAAACCCAGCCAAGAUGGCGAGUUCCAAGUACUGGACUAUCAGAAUCAACAGUACGCUUUGUUUCCGCUGAUCGCAAUUGCUUACGCCUCGCACUUUGCUGGAUCAACUGUGAUGUUGAUGCACGAUGCAGCGCUAGAGAGUAUCAAAAGCGGGGACGUUGGGUUUGGUGCCAAGCUUGCUGAACUUCACAACGUGUCCUCUGGGCUAAAAGCCUGGAUAUCCAACAAAGUAGGCGAAGGGAUUGAGGUCUGCCGUCGACUCUGCGGUGGACAUGGUUUCUCCCAAUCCAGUAACCUUGGGCAUUUGUUUGCGGAGAUUGCAGGAGCCAACACGUUCGAAGGAACGUCGGACGUACUCGUCCAGCAACACACUCGGUAUCUUCUCAAGAAGCUGGCUCUCUCUUUGACUUCUGAUGACAAAUCCGCGCAGUUUGCGAGCAACGCGAAGUCUUACACUCACCACGAGCUGCAAUGCAAAGCCGAGGUUCCUGCGGACUUUGGCGAAUUCAAUCUUCUGAUGAACGCAUUUCGGGCACGCGCUACCCGUUCUCUGCUGGCAUUGAUGGCAUCAAUGGAGGCCACUAACAAUGAUGGCAAUGCCAAUAUGAUCCGCUUGACGCACGUGUCCAUUGCUCAUACAGAGCUGAUGGUAAUGGCAUCUUUCGUGCGUGGGGUCGAGAGUCUACCUGUCGGAACGGAGAAACAAUGUCUCACCGACUUGUGCUCACUCUUGGGCGCGUGGCUCAUCACCAGAUCGCUUGGCGACUUUCGCCAAGACAACUAUCUCUCUUCGAAGCAAGCUCAGCUAGUUCGCGAACAGGUCGUUCACCUGCUUCCAAUCAUCCGCAAGAACUGUGUGCUGCUCACCGACGCCUGGGACUUCAGUGAUUUUGAGCUGAACUCCACGAUAGGCCGCUACGACGGUGACAUAUAUCGUGCGCUUUUGAAACGCGUCGAGGACGAACCACUGAAUCGGACUGAAGUUACGUCCGGUUAUGAGAGGUACUUGAAGCCUCUCAUCCAUUCCGGACUAUAA